AAAAUUCCCUGUGUAUCUCUUGGUGGCUGUAGCUCUGUGUGGUGGGCUGGCAGGGCAUCACCUUCCAUGGGGCAUCACCUUCCAUGGGGGCAGGAGGAGCAGGUCCCCAGGGGGCUGGGGCUGCUGCAGGCAAUGCCCCCAUGGCAGGGGCAGUGGGGAAGGUGCUCCCAGGGCUGGAGCCUCACUGCGGCCCCUUCCCUUCUCAUGAAAUAGGAGACCUGAUCUUAAGGUUUCCACAAACCUUUGGAGGCCUUGGCAAGAACAGAGCUUUGAGCUAGGAACUCUGCCAAGAUUACUUGCUUUGGAAUCAAGCUUAAAUGGGGUUUGAUUUGGUUUAGGCUGUGGGAAUUAGCUUAAAAUGUGCUACAUUAAAGGACUGGGCUUGCUCAUAAACGUGAGCUAAAGCACUUGCUUAGUCUUCAAGUUUGUAUUGAGAGAAACAAAAUCAGAUGUGAGUGAAGGAGGAGGUGGCAGUAGCAGUGGCAGGUUGCAGCGUGCUGUCCUUGGGCUUCCUGGCUAAAAGAUCCCAGCAUGUCCAGCAGCUUGCUGCAGGCUCCCCUUCUCCCAGGCUCGGUGUUUGGGAUAAGGACGGAUUCCACAUCCACACAAAAUGGCGUGGACCGCGAGCUCGGUUGCGAUGGAGACCGUGUCCCUGGAGCGCCAGAUCCAGAGCGUGCAGCGGCACAUCGCCUUCCUGAAGAAGGAGCAGAUGGAGCUGCUCCACGACCUGCACCUGGAGAUCCUCCGCCUGCAGAAGCACUGCUCAGAGCUGACCCACGACCUUGAAAUGAAGGAGCUGGAAGCCCGCCAGCAAGACGUGCUGGACCGGGAGCUGGAGGAGAGGUGCCGGGUGAUGGAAGCCCAGCUGCAGGAGAAGGAGAAGGACAACCUGGAGCUGCGCAAGGAGCUGCGCCACAAGGAGACCCUGGUGGCCGCGCUGCGCUCCAGCCUCCGCAACAAGGAGCGCAGGUUCCUGGAGGAGCUGAAGCGGCGGAGCCACCGCGUCACCAUCCUCGACACUGAGCUGCAGAAGCAGACGGAGGCGGCCGCCUACCUCUCCCUGCAGCUGCACGCCACUGCCCAGCGCCUGCCGGGACCCCGCACCAGCGGGCGGCCACCCGCCGAGCAGCCCCCGCCCGAGGCCAGGCCCCGGCGCCGCGGCCACCGGGCACACCCACGGCGCCCUCCCGGGGACGGUGCCCACCCCAGGGACCCCGCACGUGAGGAGCACGAUGCCAUGCCUGACCCAGCCCUCUUCCUCUACACCACACGGCCGCCCGCCCCGCAGCGCCCACCGGAGCCCCCCGCCGAGGCCCGGGGCACGGCCAGCACCGCUGCGGCCCCCCGGGCACAGAGGUCCCCCCGGCCACCCCCCCAGGAGCCCGCAGCCAGAGCCCGGCCAGCCAAGGGCGAGCCCAACAAGCGGCCAGGGUCUGGGCCCCACGGAGCCCGGGCCCGGGAGUAGGCGGCCAGGGGUGGGCACGGCCCGAGCGGCCGGGAAGGCGCUGAGCCCGGCGGCACUGAGGUGGGCGCCGGCCGAGGUUGCUGCCCCUGUCCCCCGGGAGGGGAAGGAGGCAGCGGAAGGUGGGUGCCCUGCCCGCACCCCCUCCCCGCUGAGCAGCCCGCGGUGCUGGGGCACGGAGAGCACGGUGUGGUGAUGCUGCAUGAGGCUUGCCAAGGGGGAACAGCUGAGCAGCUGUGCAGAGCUUCCAGGGGAAGAAAGGCAGAAAAAUCGUGUUUCCAAGACAAGCAGAUCCUCCUGUUCCUGCUGCUGCUGUUCCUUGGAGAAGACGCCGGUCGUGUUCCCCAGGCCUGGGGUACCGGGUGCACAGCAGGAAGACCCGUGGCUUGGCACAGGGCUCAGCACAGCCCUGCCUCAGGCACCCCCGGCUGGGCUGGGCUGGAGGGGCGCAGACACCGCCAGCACAGCCCUCGGUGCCCAGGGGUUGCCAGUGACAGUCGGCCCCGUUGGCACCGGAGGGGUUUUCCCCCUCCGCAGGGCGGUGCAGCUGUGCCAGCCAUGUCCCAAGUCACCACUCCCCUCUGCGGGAUUUGUCUGACUGUCACACGGAUUUCCCCCACGUUACAUGCACCUGGCAGGCUGGGACAAGGCCGAUGGAGAUGACCCACAAGCUGGAAGGCGCCCGCUUGCAGCACCCGGCGCUGCUCCUCCCGUGCUGCUGGAGCAGGUUCCUGACACAUCACCUGCGAUGGGCAGGCUCUGGCCAUGCACCAGCGCUGUGUCUGUUGCUUGCUCCCAUGGCCAGGUGUUGGUUUUUCACCACAGACAAUAACCACGUCAGCAAGGCGCUGGUGAAGGUGGGAUCUCGUGCACCACCGCCCUGCUGGGGCAGGACCAGCCGCAGGGGCAGCCCCAUGAGGAGCACAGGCUGCACAGUCUGCCUCGCCUGCGUCCCUUGGGUGCUGCAGCUCCCUGAGCCGGGCUCUGGGGAGCAGCUGGAAGAGGCACCGUGGGGCUGUCCUCCCGCGCUGCCUGUCCUCCCUCCCAGCACCACGGCCUGUGCCAGCACUCAGUGUUGGCCCCUUCUGCCUCGCCUGACUUCAGAGCAAACCAACGGCUUCAGCUGCUCUGAAGCAGAGGUGUACCCUAAAUGUGGACGAGCAGAAACUGGGACAGGAAGAAGCGGGGCAGGGGGCAGGGCUGGCCUGGGGGCUCCAGUGGGACCUAAGGAGCCCCGCAGGUAACCGGGAGCCAGGCGGUUCGGGUGCCAGCCCUCACUGCCCCUGAGCCUCGCGCUGUCGGGACACCAGGGCCCGUGUCCCGCAGGGCGAUGCCCGGUGCGGGCAGGAGGAAGCCGUGUGCCACCUCAGAGCCCAUCCCCUCGAGUUCAGUUUGAAGCCCCUGGAAAGCACCGUCCUGCAGCAGCCGGGCUGAACCCACCUCAAGCUCGCCCGCAGAGCACUCACGCAGUCAGAGGUCUCUAUUUUUGUAGCUCAGUGUUUAUAUAUUAAAAGGCUUUUACGAGAUUCUCAGUAACAGUCCCCGGGCCAGCCCUUUGGAUGGUUCAAACAGCCCCCAAGCAUACCCUCUGCACCGGCAGGACAGAAAUGAGCGGCUUUUGCACCUUUUCUCUGCCUGUGUCACGAACCUGCCUGGUGAAGCGCUGGGAUUUGGAGGUGAGGCACCCCCCAGUGCUGCCCCUGGCCGUUACCGAUCUCUAAGCACACCCUGAAUUUGCGAGGAGCUCCCCGACACAGCAGCCCCAGGGACAGCUCAGGGCCGGGCCAUGGUGAGGCGCCUCGUGGGCCUCAGACCUGGCUGCGUGCUGCAGGCUUGGUUUUAUUUUAAUGUCAGAGGGUAAAGGAGCCUCUGCGCCGUUCAGCCGAGCGUUACUUUGGCUGUGGUUUGCGCAGCGGCCUUCCCCCUCGUUUCUAGACAAUCCCGAUACACAGAGUGUGUUGCGUUUUUAUUAUAAAAUCGUUGAUAAAAUCAUGGUGGUCGUGAGUGACCUAAGCAUUAAAAAGGGGAGGGAGUGUAAAUACCUUCCUAUUCUCUGUAAAUACCUUCCUAGCAAUCAGCAUUUUUAGUGCCUAGCAAUGUAAAUGAAGCAACCCUGUGGGAGCUGCAGGAUCCCUCCCUCUUCACCAGGAAUUAGCAGCUGGCUGGAGGAGUUCAUCUCAUCUCAUCCCGGUGCCCCCAUGACUUCUGCCCUUCCCAGCACCCCAGCAGCGUGGAUGAACGGGGAAAGGCAGCAGGGCCGGGAGCAGGGCGCUGUGAGUCCCCGCCAGCAGCCCUCGGGUGCACAGAGCCUCCCGGUCCCCCCGCAGGCCUACGAGAUGGAGGUGUUUGGGGCUAGGCCUGCGCUUCCCGGGGGAUCCUCACCCCCAAGCCUGGGGACCAGCUCUGUGCCCUGCACCUACUUCAGUCACUGCUGCUGCUGCUCCCGGGGGGGAAGCUCUAGAGUACUCUAUAUACACAAAUAUAUAUACAUAUAUACAUACGUGCACUUGCUUUGAGGGGAAUACACUGUAUGAUUGUAAUAGAAAUUAUGUUGAAAUAAAUUAUUUUAAUCUUUGUAUUUAUAUAAAAUGAUCAGAGAUCAAAAAAAAAAAAAAAAAAAAAAAAGAAGGAGCAAGGAGGCAGCAUUCCUAUUUUGUUAAGUCGGCCGCUGUUGGACGCAGCGAGCCCAGGGGGGCAGCAGGGACGCGGGCAGCCUCUGACCGACUCCCGGGUCCCCGGCUUGGGGACAAAGCAGCGACCUGCCGGCUGCAUUUGUCCCGUGCUGUCAGACUCCUUGGGAGGCGAAAUGGUUAACGUAGCUUAAACCUGCGCUGUAUAGCUCUAUGCAUAGACACGUAUAGACCGAGGAGUGUAACUGCUGACACCUACAUGCUUUGUAUGGAACAAGCAAUGUGUAAUGUUGACUCGUAAAGCUUAAUGAUUAGACUGGAAAUGGAUGCAUAGCAAUAACGCUCAGUUGUUAAACAAUAUCUUAUAUAUAUAUAAAACACGAUGUGCUGACAAGUCUCUGUGUGCAGACUAACAGCCGGGCACCGUUCCUGUACCCGCUGGUUUUGUUCUGCAGCUGUGCAAACCCUAA